CGCAGCCAAACCCUAACUCUAAGCGAACAAGAACCCUUCAUUUACAGAGGAAACCCUAGCUCCCUUCCAGAAAACGAGAACAAUGGCUGACAGAGGAGGAAGGUUCGACCGCGGCUUCGGAGGAGAAAGAGGUCGCGGCCGUGGUGAUCGCGGCCGUGGUGAUCGCGGACGUGGCCGUCGCCGCCGUGCUACGGAGGAGGAGAAAUGGGUUCCGUGUACGAAGCUCGGUCGGCUGGUGAAGGAUGGAAGGAUCAAUUCGUUGGAGCAGAUCUACCUUCACUCGCUCCCCAUCAAGGAGUAUCAGAUCGUCGAUACCCUCAUCGGGCCAUCGUUGAAGGACGAGGUGAUGAAGAUCAUGCCGGUUCAGAAGCAGACCCGGGCCGGUCAGAGGACCCGAUUCAAGGCUUUCGUGGUCGUCGGAGAUGGAAACGGUCACGUAGGUCUGGGGGUCAAGUGCUCCAAGGAAGUCGCCACUGCGAUUCGCGGCGCCAUCAUUGCCGCGAAGCUCUCUCUGAUUCCCGUCAGGAGAGGCUACUGGGGAAACAAGAUCGGAAAGCCGCACACUGUUCCCUGUAAGGUCACCGGAAAGUGUGGAUCUGUCACCGUCCGGAUGGUUCCAGCUCCGCGAGGUGCCGGAAUUGUGGCUGCUAGGGUUCCAAAGAAGGUCCUCCAGUUCGCUGGUAUUGAAGACGUCUUCACUUCCUCCCGUGGCUCCACGAAAACUCUUGGAAAUUUUGUCAAGGCUACCUUUGAUUGUCUCUCUAAGACUUACGGAUUCCUCACACCAGAUUUCUGGUCUCAAACCAAAUUCAUAAAAUCCCCAUUUGAGGAGUUCAGCGAUAUCUUGGCUCACCCCACCACCAAACAUGUUUCUGUGGAAGAGGCUGUUGCCGAGAAACUCGAGGCUUUGUGAGCUAGACCUUUAGAUCUUUUUCUUCACUGCUACUAAGAUUGUGAUGCCUGUUUUGCUUUAAUCAAUUCCCCUCCAUCCGGGGAUAUUUCAUUUUUCUUGUGUUUUUUUAUACUCCCUACCAUAAAGCAAUGCCAUUUCAGUUUCUUUUGUUAUUUUCAUUGACUGGUUUAUGCUAUCUAAUCUAAUGCACCAGAGUGCUUGUGCCAUUCUAUGAUGAAUCCCCCCAACCCAACCGAAGACUUUACUAUACCUUUUUGUGUGUUCU